AUGAAAGCCACCGCAGAAACCGCAUUUCGCCUGUCCGGUCUCUGUGCUGGAGGCACAAACCAUAUCAACAUCGGCCAGAGCAUCGCCGUCCGGCCUGACGCCGGUGCGCACGAUAAGGGUACCCUUCGCGAGGCUUGGGGCCUUAAAUCGGGUGUAUACACGCCCCGCCAACUGGUGGAAGGGUUUGCGCCGCUGCUGGACACAGUCGUUUUCCGUCUCGGUCCAGAUCCGCCCAACGCGAGACCGGCACGGGCUCAACUGCUUGACAACCUGGUCGCCAAUCUUGACUCCAACGCCCGGGAAGCCACUCUGCGCCUCCCGGAUACUGAUCUCGAUGACUCCCGCCAGGAGAUCGCCGAGCAGGCGAGACGCAUUGGCCGGACGCUCGUGCAAUACGCCCGCAACCAGACUGGCGGACCGUUCAAUCCCGACCUCUACCUUCGCAGUCCCUGUGAGGGCCAUCUUCUCAUCCCACCCAACGUUGACCUCAUGUUUGGACGCCGCAGUCAGCCGCAUCUGAUGCAGCUGUUCAAUGAGUACAUGCAUCAGAUGGUCCUCCUGCGUGACGCCCUGCUACCCUUCAAGAACUACGAGGACGUAGCCAUCCCCGUCGACGGCCGCGCUGCUCGAGGCAUCCGACACCUCGAGCCAUCCCGGUCAGAGUUCCUCACCCACCUUCUGACCAAGGAGGUCACCCAAUCAGCAAUCAUCAAACACGCCCAGGCCCUCCUCGCCCCGGGCAUUUUAUCUUCUUCUAGCCUGACUUCCUCCCAAGUCAGCGCCGGCUACGGCUUCCAGUAUGCUCACGGCCUGGUCCUGCCCGCUUUCCUAACCGGUGGGCCGACUCCGUUCCAUCUCCUCCAGUAUAUACCAGCCAAGCUCGUGGAUGGAACCACUAAAGACGUCAUCUUCGACUACCGAAUCAAGGACUACUAUCUUGCGCCUCGCGUCGAGAUCCCGGCGGGCACCGAGAAGACUCCGACGCUCCAGUCAGCGGGAUACCCCGAGACCAACGGUUGGGGCACGCCAACACUCGGCGUACAAACCGCCAGCAUCGGGAUCGUUGCACCGACGCCCGAUUCGACCGCAUCGUCUCCGACUGUUCGGCAGCUGGAAUUGCAACUCCAGUUUGAGAACGGCAAGUGCGUGUCCGUCGAUCUAGGACAGGUUGCACGUGGUCAUCGCUACGCUUAUCAGGCAUCUAGAGACGGUGAAUCCACGAUAUCAGCCAACGGUAAGCACAGCCCGACGUCCGCCGUGAUCCAUGACGCGGCUUCCGUCCUCCUGGAGACUGGGCAAGGAGAUGGCCUCGUUACAGCCCAAAAUGGCGGUUUCCAUGUCAUCCCCGUGCAAAACCCGGUCGUCGCUCUGGCACUUCUGGGGAAGAUCUACCCGGAGAACGUGGUACUUCUACCGGAGUCGGAAGGCCUAGUGCAGGCUGAGAAGGCCGGGAAAGGACUAGAGCCAAAGUUUGUCUUUUGGGGGGGCGUGGAGCAUGGUGGAUUACGGGGCAAGUUUUAG